AUGAGUACAUUAUUAAAGAAAUAAACAAACAUUUUGUUUAAAUAUUUUUCGUAGUUUUAAUUCAAAUAUAUAUGCAAUUACAAUGGAUAACUCCUUUUUGGAGUAUCGUGAUAGAACUGGAAUGAUUAGUGAUUCCGAUACGGAAGUUAUAGACAGUAGUUUAAUAGUAAAUGAUUCCUUCGCAACUAAAACGAAGCGUGCUUUUGUAAAUCAUACGGUUUAUGUAGCCGAAUCUGAAGAAUCUAAAACUGAUGCGGAGUCUGAUGACGACAGCAUACAUCAGGAAGUGGGCAAGCGUAUGUUGAAAACAAGUAUGGCAGCAGAAACCCACAUUAUAUCUAGCAGUGAUGAUGAAGUAACUUCACCUGAACACCCACAACAGCCUUUAUCGACAAGAUCAAAAUCAACUGAUACUCCAGAUUCAUUUAUUGUGAAAAAGAGCAAAAAACGUAUGGUGCUUAUGGAUUCUGAUACUGAGAAUUCUAUUAUUAUAGAACAUAAUAGAAAUAAGAAAUUGACAUGCUUGAAAGACACUCCUCUGAAGAUUGAAAGUGGUAAAACCAUAGUAAGUCAUGAUAUCAGUUAUAAUGACAUUGAUAAUAGCACAGAAAAUGAUGAUUAUGAGAAUGAGAAUAGAAAAGUCACCACAGUGGAUGAUCAGUGUGAUAUUAAUAAAAAAGACAAAUCUCAGGAUGAUGAUGAUGAUAUUUCUGAUGAUGACAUUGAUGAUGGAAAUGUCCAAACAGAUGAUGAUGGACCAGAUGAAGAUCAAAUGGUGAUGUCACGAGUCACUCGGAUGAGUAUAAUGGGUGUGAUACCGAAAGAUAAUGAUCAUGAUAGUGAUUAUUCAGAUUUUAUUCUGUCUGAUGAGAGUCAUCAGACUAACAGGGGAAGUUCCACAGGUAGUCUGACAGAAUUGCCCAGCGUCGCCGACGCAUUAGUCCAAACACCGGCGAAGUGUGACAACAAUGAUAACACAUCCAGAAUAACCUGUUCCCCCUUCUCCAGUCCUCUAAACAAUAUGACUAACGAUCUGAACAGAUCUGCAACUGAAAAUGUAUCUAUACCGUCAAUAAAUAAAGAUUUAAAUUGUAAAUCUGAGAAGUUUAGCCAAAUUGAAUAUAGUGAUUCAGAAAUAAUUGACACGGACAAAGCUGAUGUCCUUAAAAAGAAGGUGUUAAAUAAUUUAAAUACUGACAACAUGAAGACUGAACACAAAGAAAAUUUUAUAGACGACGACGUUGCAAUAAUUGACAGCAAUCCAGAGAUCAUAGCCUUGAGCAGCGAUGAAGACGAUGAGGUAAAGACGGAGAAGUCGCCUAAAAAGUCCAUAAAAGCAGAGAAAUCGCCUAAAAAAUCGGUGAAUCAAGAGAGCAAGACUAAGGACAAUGGUAUAAAACAGUAUUUGGUCCCACCAAGUUAUCCCAACCAGGUGGUGUACGUAAAGAAACAUAUACGAGAGAACGAGCUCAGCAAACUCAAUGGAUUGAAGGAGGACCUACAGAAUAUAAGGUAUCUCCUGGAGAACAUGGACGUGAACACUCUGCCGGAUGGCGGCGUGAAACUGAUCCAGCGCCUCACCGGGCUGGAGGCAGAGGUGCGCCGCCAGGGUGACAAGGUUGCCAAUAUGGUCGUCGAACCUGAUUCACCAACUGCUGCAGAUAUUGCUAAAGACGGUUUCGAAGCGAAAUUGGAGCAAGGACUCUCUUGGGAUGACAUACAGAAAGCUAGCAACGCUGUUCAACCAAGGCUGUUUGGGAAACAAGCUAUGGCGACGCACUUGGCGGAGCGCAACCUGAUCCUGGAGAGUCUGCGACACCUGCACUCGUCGCUGGCGACGCAGCCGCCGGAGUCCCAGGCCGCCGCCGCCCCCGCCGCCGUCCGCAGCUCCCUGCUGCCGCACCAGCUCCACGCGCUGGCCUGGCUGCGGUGGAGGGAGACCCAGCGCCCCUGCGGCGGCAUCCUCGCUGACGACAUGGGUCUGGGCAAGACGAUCACAAUGAUAUCACUGAUAUUAAGCGACAAGGAGGACAGCAUCGACAACGACUAUGACGAUAACGAAGAAUACGGCGAGAAAGGCACAACCAAAAUGUGCGCGGGCGGCACGCUGGUGGUGUGUCCGGCGUCUCUGCUGCAGCAGUGGGCGGCCGAGGUGGCCAAGCACUGCGCCGCGCACAGCCUGCACCUCUGCCAGCACCACGGCGCGGCCCGCGCCACUAUGCCGCACCGGCUGGCCGCCCACGACCUCGUGCUCACCACCUACAACAUCCUGCAGCGCGACCACGAGAAGAAAGGCGUGCUAAUGAAAGUUUCAUGGCGGCGGGUGAUCCUGGACGAGGCGCAUAUCGUGCGGAACCAUAAGGCGGCCACCUCCAUGGCCGUGUGCGGCCUCCGCGCCGCUCGCCGCUGGUGCCUCACGGGCACGCCCAUACACAACCGGGACCUCGACCUCUACGCGCUCCUCAAGUUCCUGCGCUGCACGCCCUUCGACGACCUCACGAUGUGGAAAAAGUGGAUAGACAACAAGAGUCAGGGCGGGCAAGAGCGCCUAAACACUGUGAUGAGGUGCAUCCUGCUGCGGAGGACAAAACAGCAGCUCCAGCAGCGGGGACAGCUCAACUGCCUCCCAACGAGGACCGCACAUGAGUGUCUGGUCACACUCACGCAGCCCGAGAUGAACGUCUACCAGAAGGUACUGGUGUUCUCCAAGACACUGUUCGCACAGUUUCUGCAUCAGCGCGCCGAGAAAAAUGCUGAUGCACAUGGAUUUUUGCCGCCCGAAAAUGAUUCUGAAUACGCGAAGAUGCACAAGAAAAUGAUAGCACUGCAAGGCGCGAAACCAGUCAAGUCCCACGAGAUUCUGGUGCUGCUAUUGCGUCUGCGGCAGGUGUGCUGUCACUGCGGCCUCAUCGCGGCCAUGCUGGACGAGGAAUCCACCGAAGACAUUCAGCAGGACCCUGCCGGUCAGGACCUGCUCGCGGAGCUCAGCAAACUCUCGCUGGAGGACUCAAAGUCUAAGAGUGGCAGCAAGACUGAGCAAGAAGAAGAGGAAAAGGAAGGUCCUGAGGAAAGCACGAGUGUUGCAGAAGCGAUACGCUCCGUACUCUCACCCAACAAUCCCGUGUUCGAUCUCACGCGUCUCUCGUCGAAGAUACAGGGUGUUAUGGACUGUUUAAACAAAAACGUUUUCGUUAAUAAAGGCGAAAAGGCGGUGGUGGUGUCGCAGUGGACGUCCGUGCUGCGCCUGGUGGAGCGCGAGCUGCAGCGAGUGCGCGUGCGCAGCGUCACGCUCAGCGGCAGCGUGGCCGUGGCCGCGCGCGCCGCGCUCGUCGACGCGCUCAACUCGCCGCGCUCGGACGUGCGGGUGAUGUUGUUGUCACUAUGUGCUGGUGGUGUGGGUUUGAAUCUUUGCGGCGCUAAUCACCUGCUGCUGUUGGACCCCCACUGGAACCCGCAGCUGGAAGAGCAAGCGCAGGACAGAAUCUACAGAGUGGGACAACAGAAGCCAGUACACAUAUACAAAUUCAUGUGUGUGGACACAGUGGAACAUACGAUUAAAAAACUGCAACAGGCGAAGUUAGAGUUAGCAGACAACAUGCUGACCGGGGCCCGGAACAACAACGCCUCCAAACUGACCAUUGAAGACCUCAAAAUGCUGUUCAAUAUGUAGUGCCAAAGUAGUAUAAACAUAUUUUUUUCUUAUACAACAAAUGUUUUAAGGCCACUGGAUAAUCGCGCAUUUACCUUGUAAGGGUGUUAUUAUAUUAUCAGAUAUUGCACUAUGGAAUCUACACAAUGUAAUUUUUUUAAAUAGAAUAUCGCUAUCCAAAUAACCUUAGUAGAUAUAUUCUUAUUUACCGAUAUACUCGGAAUACGAAAGCUGAGAACGGGUAAAAAAUUUGGAUGGUGUUGUUUUCAAACAAACAUAC